UUCAUAUUCUUGAGUGACCACUGAUAGAAGGGAAUGUACUCAGUAGAGGCAUGUGCAAAAACUACAUCAUGUAUUAAUAACAAUAGUGGUGCUACUCUUGCAUCCAUUAAUGCAUUGUUUGUUACAUUGUCCCGGGAGCCAGGAAUGUAAUACGACACUUGUCUCAUCAAACACUGCUCCUUCCCUUCAUGUCAAAUCCCAUUCUGUUUGAACCAAAAUAAUACAUGCUUGCUACUAUUCUUCCUUUCCCUUGAACCAUGAACAUUAAGUUGAAAAGAAAGCAAAGCAAUUUCUUCUUUUAUGUUCAAAGUUGAUGCCAUAAUUGACAUUAAUCAGGUAACGGUAGACUCAACAGUUUUUCACCUUUGGCUGCUCUGGAAAGUCAGAAUGUCAAGUUCAAGGUUUUUAUUCAGUAAUGGCAUUCUAUCAAACACCUUAGAUACACCACCAGUCAAACUCUUCUUAGAAGCACAACCAGGUGCUUACACAACAUCACGUACUCAUAACAAUGCCUCGUGCUUCUUGUUUUGGGAGAGACACAUGAAAAGACUUUCAGAAUCCAUACGAAUUCUAUCAACGCUGGCUCCUCAUCUUCUAUUUAAAUCUAAUAAUUCUGCGAUUGCGCCACCAUCAUGGACAACCUUGCCAAUAUGGCAACCCACUCUACAAAUGCUUGUUGAUGAUUCGAUGCAAAAGGUUAUGCCAAUUGCAAUAAAGGAGAGGGUUGAUUGUCAAGAGCUGGCUGUUACAACUCUUGUGAGUGGUAAUUUGGAGGAAUUGAAUGCAUGUGAGACUAUAGAUGAGGACAGAGUUGGUAAAAUUCUUGAUGUGCAUGUGCAUAUUGAGACUUAUGUGCCUCCUGCAUUUGGUAUUCUGGGAAAUGGUGCACAUUUGGCUUUGGCAGGCUAUGGGAGGCAUGUUGCAAUUGCAAAAUAUUCAGAUUGGGUAAGGAUAAGGAAGAGUCUGGAAAAGCUCAGGCCUCCUUCAGUUACAGAACUGUUGCUAUCUAAUGAUGGUAAUCACAUACUUGAAGGUUGUGUCACAAAUUUUUUUGUUGUUUGUUGCAAGGGUCAGGAUUCAGAUGAUAAGGCCAAUGGAAACAAAUAUCCUUUUGAAGUACAGACUGCUCCUUUAAGUGACGGUGUUCUUCCAGGAAUAAUACGCCAAGUAGUUAUUGAAGUAUGUAGGAGUGAAGGUAUCCCAAUUCGAGAAGUUGCUCCAUCAUGGUCGGAACAUGGAAUCUGGGAGGAGGCAUUCAUCACAAGUGGCUUGAGGAUUUUGCAACAUGUCGAAAGUAUUCAGGUUCCAACAGAAUGGCAAUCAAUCCAUUCCAAAACAUGGAAGGAUAUAUCAUGGACAAAGAAGCAAUUUCAGGGUAGACCAGGGAUGAUCACAACUAUAAUUCAAGAAAAGAUUAUGGAAAAAGCAACUCUUGAAGGGUAUUCAAUUAGCAAUAUAUGCAAACGGUGAAGAUCCAUUGAAAUGAAGAUGCUGGCCCUUCUAUUCUUCACCUCAUUAGUUUGUCCUAGUGCUGAUAAAUAAUGUAUUAUAUUCUUGGUUCAAUAGGCAGACAAAAAAAUGUGAUCUAAUAUCUAUUUUAUUGCUCGGAACAAAAUAAUGAAUAUAUAGAAUUCUGAAAUUGAGAUUUUGGGCCGCAUGGAAAGAGAACAAAACAAAACGAAACGAAACAACACAGAACCACCGCUCAAUUCACUCAUCCGCCAGUGUAUUUUCUUUCAAUUACUCUCUGG